CUCCUUAUAAAAACCCUAAGGUGGUAGAAGAUUUUGUACCCAACACUUGUACUCCCAAAACAUUAAUUGUUUCACUUUUGUACUUAUUUCUCCUAAAAUUUUCAAUAUGAACGGAAAGAUUGCAUGCUUGGUGCUAUUCUGGAUGGCGGUGGCUACACCCCGCCAUGCAGAAGCCCUGACAUGCUAUCAAGUCACUUAUAACUUGAUGGGUUGUCUCUCUUACCUUACAAAUACUGGAGAUUUGGGAAGUUGUUGCGCUGGUGUUAAGGCUUUACAUAGUGCUGCAAACACCCAACGCCAUCGUCAAACUGCAUGCACUUGCAUGCAGUUUGCUGGAAGGGCUAUCCCCGGGAUCGAUUGGGACAAAGCCAAUGAUCUCCCUGGCAUUUGUGAAGUCGAAGUUCACGCCGAGAUCAACCCCUCCACAGACUGCUCCACGAUUGAGUAAGAGGGAUGAACAAUCAAAUUUACACUGCCAGCAUUUUGGUUCGUAGUGCAAUAAUGAUGAGGAGAAGAAUAAAAUGGGAUCAUCUAUUACCUUACGAUCCAUUUGUAUUUCGUACGAGUUGUUGUGUUUUUUUUUUCUAUACCUGUUUUGCUUUUGAAUCCAAUACUCUAGGCCAGCAGUAUGUAAUUGUAGUAUGUGCCAUCUCGAUAUAUAGAAGAUAAUGUCUUAUU